AGGAACAAACGGUUCAAGAAAUUUUUGGAAGGCAGAAAGAGUUUGGAUUAUUAAGACAAGGGAAAAAACGAAGCCAAUGGGCUACCAAAAGCGUGAAAAGUAUUGCAGAAGAAGAAGCGUCUCUCUCUCUCUCUUUCUCUCUCUUCCAGUGUGGAAUGAAAUAGAAACAGGGAAUGGCAAGAACAAGCAUGGAGGGAGGCUUAGUGGAGGAGAAAGCGGCGGAGCUGAAGAAAGAGUUGCAGAGAGCGGUGAAGGCCAUCGUGGAUGAAGAAGAAGACGAGUGUUCUGUGGAGUCCACUAAUCGAGCCAUGCAGUGUUUGUGUGCUCUGAGAGAUUUAAAGUUGAAGCCUUUGGGUUGUUCUGAGUCUCUGGGUAUUGGGAAUCUUUCGUUGUUGGGUCUCUUACCUCCCAAAGAAUUUCUAUGCCCUCUCUCUGGGGAAGUCAUGAAUGACCCUGUUGUGUUGUCAUCUGGCCAGACGUAUGAUAGGCCAUUUAUCCAAAAGUGGCUGAAAGAUGGGAAUCAGACAUGCCCUCAGACACAACAGAUUCUUUCUAAUAUGGUUCUCCUACCAAACCAUCUAGCAAGAAAAUUGAUUUCAAAAUGGUACAAGGAGAAUGGCCUGAAACCCCCAUGUUGUCCUCUAGUUGAAGAAGAUAUGCCGGGAACCUUAAAAGUAGAUACUGGGUAUCUGAAUGAACGGCUCAAAAAGCUCUCCUCUUCUUCUGUAUCUGAUCAAAAAGAGGCUGCAAAAGAGCUUCGGCUGCUCACAAAACAGAUGCCAUCUGUUAGGGCACUUUUCGGUGAUAUUUCUGAUUCUAUUACCCAAUUGCUUUAUCCACUGUUGUCUGGGGCUGCUAACUCUCACCCUGAUUUACAAGAAGAUUUGGUGACGACCGUUCUGAAUAUCUCCAUACACGAUGGCAACAAAAAACUAGUAGGAGAAAACCCUGUCGUCGUUCCUUUGCUUAUAGAGUCUCUGAAAUCCGGGAACAUUGAAACAAGAACAAACGUUGCUGCAACUCUCUUCACGUUAUCAGCCCUCGAUUCAAACAAGUUCAUCAUUGCAAACUCGGGAGCUCUCAAGCCAUUGAUCAAACUACUAGACGAAGGGCAUCCAAUGGCCAUUAAGGAUGCUGCUUCAGCCAUUUUCAGCAUCUGCAUUGCCCACGAAAACCGGGGCAGAGCUGUAUCUGAAGGGGCAGUCAGGGUGAUCAUGAAAAAGAUCAAAGAACGGGUCCUCAUCGAUGAGCUGUUAGCUAUUCUCACAAUGUUGUCCAGCCAUCACAGCGCUGUCGAGGAUAUGGGGGAGCUCGGGGCAGUGCCUUGCCUCCUCGGGAUAAUAAGGGAGAACACCAGUGAACCCAACAAAGAGAACUGCAUAGCAACUGUGUACACACUAUGCUUCACUGACCGAACGAAGCUGAGAGAGGUAUGGGCAGAAGAACAAACCAAUGGGACCAUUUCCAGGCUCGCGAAGAGUGGAACUUCCACUUCGAGGGCCAAGAGAAAGGCAGGCAGCAUCCUCGAGCGGCUAGACAGAAGUGUGUUUUUCGCUCACACUGCUUGAGCAUUGAGUUUCAAGAGAAUUAAAGCAUUCUGUACCUACACUUAACCGUUUGUGUACAUUUCCAGCAUUGCUCUUUCUUUCUUUCUGUAAGUAUAUAGUCUUCAGACUUGAUUCCUAUACAAAACAAACUGCAGAUCAUGUUAUCUUUCAGACUUGUACAAGUUGAUAUAUAUAUAUAUACACACACUUCUUUGACUGCUUA